AUGAAGCGCUACGGCAAAGGAUGCCCGGUGCGACGAAUCGGGCGGUGGUCUUGGCCCUUCCGCGGCAUCAAAGGCGCCGGCCGACUCGACAAGUUGAGCGGCCGCCACCAAUUGGACAGGCUUAGUGGCGGAGAACUGUUGCGAUCGCUGGUGCUUCCGUACGUGCUGCGCGGACUGCAGUAUUCACCCGACUACGUGUCCCGCCGAAGCUCAGCUAAGCCAGGAAGCGGCGAGCAUAUGCGCACGGCGGGAGCUUUUCUGCCCGGCUCUUUGCCGGUCAAAAGGCAAGCACCGUUCGACUCGCUAAGCGGACUGACGUUUGGUGGCGACCAGGGCGGCGUGCACAAGCGGGGCUACGGACACGGCGAGUUCGACGAGAUUGACAACGCCGGCUGGCCAGGAUUUUACAAGCGAAACUUCGACGAAAUCGACAGGAGUGACUUCGGGGGCUUUUACAAGCGAAAUUUUGACGAAAUAGACAGGACCGGUUUCGAAGGCUUCUACAAGCGCUCCACUUCUCGGCAGUAGAUUAGAACUUUAUAGCAUUCCUCUGUGUACCAUCAGCCCUGCCUGUCUUUUAAUCACCUUUCGCGAUUCCCCUUGAGUGGCUACUUUCAUAAUCCUUUUGAUUUCGUGAUGUUAUUAUGACCUCGUUGAGACGACAGCUUCGGUGAAUAUGUUCUGCACCCCGGGGCAUACAAUGAUUUAGAAGUACUACUUCAUAAAAUGAGGUCCCGAAGUUACCAGCUGUGUCACGCGUUUCGAUGAUGUUUCUAUAAAGGUAUCUUCCCUGCUCAUUUACUCCAUGUCUAUACCCUAACGUUAACGGUAUUGUUGUAAGAAGGAAUAAGCAGCCUUUCAUGUGUAUUCUUUUACGUGCCCAAUGCUCUUAUCCGUGCAAGCGAAGAGCACGAUUGAAAGUGCCCAGUUAAUGUGUGGGCAUCCGUCAAGAGCUCGUCAUCGCUCGGAUAAGGUGUGUGGGCCAAGCUCCUCUUAUGGAUGAAAAAUACUAGACGUGAUUUUGGGUGAAAUUAUGGCAGCUGCGAAACUAAAAACAGAACGUCACCUAUAUUUGGCAGGAAGAAGACAGGCGCAUUACAGAUUGUUUAACAAGUGUGCAUCUCUUAUAAUGACAUACACGCAUUACCUGUUGUUUAAAGCAAGGCGAUCAUGUAAUAAGUGUGCACAUUUACCGUUUUCUUGAAGUUGUUUACGUUGACAUUAUGUAAAUAAACAUAUGUAGAGAUUUACUU